GAUAACAGCGGCGUAGUUGAUAAAAUUUUUGCAUGGGAAAGGAAAAUUUUUCUUCAAAACUUAUUCAAAUUUAAAUACUUUUUGAACUAUCGAACACUCAGUUGAUCAGUUAAAGGCGAUCAUUUAGUUGUAUAGUUUGAACUCCAGCAGCAGACGUUCGAAGAACAAUUGAAAUCGUAAUGUGAUUUUCGUCGCAACACCAAGAUCUGAAUUCAAAUGGAAUUGGCAGAAACGAGCAAAAUAAGAUGAAUUUGUCAAUGUUUCGUUAUCGUAUCGGCGGUGUUUUAGAUGUGAAAAAAUGCUCAUCGACGACUAAACGAUACCUAUCUUACGACUUUUACGACGAAAACGAACUUCGAGUACCGAAAAAAGCCAGUGUUGUGAUAUGCGGCGGCGGCGUUACCGGUGCUUCGGUUGCUUACCAUUUGGCGGAAAUUGGAUGGGGUCCGCAGACGAUUGUAAUAGAUCAGGGAAAACUUGGUGGAGGAAUGACAUGGUAUUCGUCAGGAUUAGUUAGUGUGUUCAAAUCGUCGUACACUCAAGUGAAAUUAUGCCAAGCUACGUUCAAGUUGUACGAAGAAUUGGUAUCGAAAGGGCACGAUAUUGGUUGGAAGCAAUGCGGUAGUCUGAGUAUAGCUAGAACACUCGAUAGAAUGGCUGUCUUUAAGAGGAUGAAAUCUCAAACCGAAUCAUGGGGAAUCGAAUGUGAACUAGUCACGCCGCAACAAAUCGAAAAAAUAUGUCCUAUGAUAAAUUCGAGCGAUCUUAAAGGCGGAUUAUGGAUACCCAAAGAUGGUACAGCAGAUCCGUAUAAAAUCUGUUUGACUUUAUUCAAAAUUGCUCAAAGCAAAGGUGUGAAAGUAUUUGAAGAUUGUGCCAUUCAACAAGUGUUCAGCCGAGAUGGCCAUGUUCGAGCCAUCGAAAGCACCAAAGGUGUCAUAGAAUGCGACUAUUUCGUCAACUGUGGCGGUAUUUGGGCUCGAAAAAUUGGCCAGUUGAGCGAGCCUCGUGUUAAGGUACCAGUUCAUCCGGUCGAACAUUAUUAUCUCAUUACUAAACCGAUACCGGGUCUGGAUCCGUUGACUCCAGUGGUACGCGAUCAAGACGGAUACGUUUAUUUCAGAGAACACGACGGGUGUUUGUUGGCAGGCGGUUAUGAACCUCAAGCUAAACCUCUUUUCGACGAUGGGAAAAUUCCAGAACAUUUUCACACCGUUAAAAUGGAAUCUGAUUGGGAUCAUUUUUACGUAUUACUUGAACAACUCAUGAACAGGAUACCUAGUUUAGGAGAUGCUGUGAUAGAUAAGCUGAUAAACAGUCCCGAGACAUUUUCACCCGAUUGUAAAUGGAUCAUUGGUGAGGCAUCUGAGAUUCAAAACUACUUUGUCGCCGCAGGAAUGAAAACUGUUGGUAUUUCAGCUGCCGGAGGUACAGGCAAAACUAUAGUAGAUUGGAUCGUACACGGAUCACCGGAUGAUGAUUUAUACGAAUUGGAAAUCAGUCGAUUUUUAGCUUUACACAAUAAUCUGAAAUUUUUACGUGAUAGGGUGAAAGAGGUUCCUGGAUUACACUACGCGAUACCGUAUCCUCAUAUGGAAUUUAAAACUGGUAGAAAUUUACGUAUGUCUCCUAUUUACCCGAAACUCAAAGAAGCUGGAGCUGUAUUCGGACAAGUUAUGGGUUACGAAAGGCCACUAUGGUUCGAUUCGAAUUCCAUGGAAGAAAACGAAGAAAACGUUGCUGAAAUCAAACAAGUACGCAAUACGUUCUGUAAACCGGCUUAUUUCGAUGCUGUGAACGACGAAUAUACCGCUUGUCGAGAAGCAGUCGGAUUAAUCGAUUAUUCUUCGUACACCAAAAUAGAUUUAUGGUCGAAAGGCAAAGAGGUUGUCGAUGCGCUCCAAUACCUGUGCUCUAAUGACGUAGAUGUUCCUAUUGGUAGUAUUAUACACACCGGCCUUCAGAAUGAACGCGGUGGUUAUGAAAAUGAUUGCAGUCUAGUCAGAAUAGCCGAAAAUCUGUACAUGAUGAUUUCACCGACUAUUCAACAAACCAGGUGUAAAGCCUGGCUGGAGAAGCAUUUACCCAAAGAUGGGUCUGUUAAUUAUUCAGAUGUUACCUCGAUGUUCACGGCUAUCUGCAUUGUUGGACCAUUUUCGCGACAAUUAUUAGCCGAAUUGACUGAAACUGAUCUCAGUCCCAAGUCUUUUCCUUUUUUCACACAUAAGGAAAUUGACGUGGGCUUAGCAAACGGCAUAAGAACGAUGAAUAUCACCCAUACCGGCGAACUAGGAUACGUUUUGUAUAUUCCAAACGAAUUCGCUCUCCACGUCUAUAAUUGCCUUUUAGAAGCUGGUCAAAAGUAUGGUAUCAGACGUGCCGGAUAUUACGCCAUGAAAGCUUUACGAGUAGAGAAAUUUUACGCUUUUUGGGGUCAAGAUUUGGAUACGACGACUACCCCUUUGGAAUGCGGUAGAUCCUGGCGAGUGAAAUUCGACAAAGGUAUUGAUUUUAUUGGCAAAGAUGCCCUCCUGAGACAACGCGAAGAAGGCGUUAAACGUAUGUACGUGCAAUUGAUCUUGAACGAUCACGAUGCCGAAGUGGAUCCGUGGUGCUGGGGAAACGAGCCGAUUUAUAGAGAUGAUAAAUACGUUGGAGCCGUUACAACCACUAGUUACGGUUUCACGUUCAAAAAACAGGUUUGCUUGGGUUUCAUUCAAAAUCUAGAUAGUAAUAAAAGACCUUUGAUGGUAUCAAACGAUUACGUCUUGUCCGGGACGUACGAGGUUGAUAUUGCCGGCGUUAGGUAUUCAGCCAAGGUGAACUUACAUUCGCCCAUAUUACCGACCAAGUAUCCCGAUAAAGAACGUGAAUCGUAUUUCGCAACUCGUGAUAAAAUGGUACCUGAGCCUUUACUCAGACAAGUCUAAGCUGCUCAUCUUCCGAUUCCGGAGACAAGAAAAACAACGAUUUUCUCACCAGUGAUCUUUAGUAUUAUUGAUUUAUUCGAAAUUAAUUUUUGUAAGUUGUACACAAUGCGUUCAUGUGGCUAUUCUUUAAGAGCCCUAGGCUACAGUAGUCAUUUUUCAAAUUACCCUUUCUACUCUCUCACCGUUCGUAACUAUAUAUUUUGAAAGAAUUUGUGAUCUUGAAUAUGAUGGACAUUUUAAGAAACUGAAGAAGAAACGAGAAGUGCCUUGAAUUCUCAACUGAAGAAUCUUUAUCUCAUUUUAGAUACAUGUAGGUAGUUAUUGUUGUGUUUUGUUUUACAAUAAUAUGUUCUUGUAUGAUUUCUUCAAAAGUUCCUGUUUAUAACUCUUUCGAAAAAAAAAAAUUGGUUAUAAAUUAAUACCUAUUUCAUCUCAGAUAUCAACAGAAAAAAUCAGAAGGAAUGAGUUAGAAAAUGAAGUGAAACAAUACAAAAACUUUUUGAUCUUUUUUUCAAACUUGAAAUUGAAAACUUAUUCGUAAUUUAUUUCUAACUAUUUUGAAAAAAUUAAAAACGAAUUACAAAAGUGAUUUUUGACUAAUAUUUCUUAAGAUGUACUAUUUAUAUCGAAUAAUUUAUUUCCCCCUUUUUUUUAAUGCGUUAUUCACUUGAAAAUGGUGAGAUUUAUACUCUUUUUUUAAUUACAUUUUUUUUGUCGUGUUAC